AUGUUUGAGUCUGGAUUUGCCAAUGUCUUCGAUGAUGUUGCUUUCGCCGUUCCCGUUAUGGCCCCGGGCAAGCGCCCUUUUUCGGUGGGGAAACCCACCAAGAUUAUUGACGUUAACCUUCUCCAUGUUUCGUCCUCCCACGCCAAUGAGUUUCUUUUGCGUGAGCUUGCGAAGCAGCACGGUCUCCGACUGACCGGUGUCCUGCAGCCUUGUGGUGGAUGCCUGCAGGCGAAGGGGAAGAAGGCGGGCGUGCCUCACCAAUUGGGCACGCGCGCGGAGCGGCCGCACGAUCUUUGGCACAUCGAUCUGUGUGGGCCGAUGACGGCCUCGCUGGGGGGUUCGUUUUUCAUGAUUAUGUUCGUGGACAGCUUCUCGCGGUGGAUGAAGCUGUACGGGAUGAGGCGCAAGUCGGACACCCUCGCCUUCGUCAAGAAGUUCCUCGCCGACAUGAGUGGCACCGGUGUCCCUCGCUCUUUCCGGAUGGACAACGGGGGGGAGUUCAUCGGACGCGACUUCAUCGCCUUCUGUGACAACGCCGGCAUCCGCCGUACGUACACGGCGCCGGGCACCCCGCAGCAGAAUGGUCCGGCGGAGAGUGCGAUCUGGCGCGUGAACAAGGCCGGCCACGCCGCUCGUCUCGAGGCACCCCGCCUGUUCCCCAAGAUCGACUUCACCCGCGUCCCCGGCUUCGGGCGCGAUGGCGAGCGACUCUGGCUAGAAUCGUGUCACUGGGCUGCCGGCGGCUUCAACCGUUCUCCGACCAAGGCAAACGUCGGGUACAAGUCGCCGCACGAGCUCUUCACCGGUCGCCCGCCCCCGCUCCAGAUCGUCCCGUUCUUGCAGCCGGGGUAUAUGCGUGUGACGCGCGCGAGGAAGAUGGAUCCCCAGGCAGUGCUGUGCUGCUACCUCAACAACGGCGACAACCAUCACGAGUCGGCGGUCAAGGUCCUCAAGUUCGCGACGGGGCGCGUGUGCAUGACGAACAACGUCGUGUGGGUCUCCGACCGCGCGCCGUUGCUGACCCCGCCGCUGGAGCUGCCGGCGCCGGCGGACGAGGGGGGAGAUUCGAAUGUCGCCGCCGCACCGUUUCUAAUUGAGUAUAUUUCACCGCCUCUCUUACCCCCCUCACCGUAUGCCCGACCUCCCACUUCACCCGCUGCCAUACUCUCACAGGCGCCGCCGGCAACUUCCACACCACCAUCGCCGGCGGCGCCGCCUACCGCAGCCACACCACCGCCACCGGUCACCGCGCCGCCUGCACCGCCGUUCGCCGCCGCGCCACCUUUCACCAUCACCGCGCCGCCGGCACCGCCGUUCGCCGCCGCGCCACCAUUCACCACCACCGCGCCGCCUGCAACGCCGCUCGCCCCAGCGCCACUGUUCACCACCACCGCGCCGCCUGCACCGCCGUUCGCCGCCGCGACACCGUUCACCACUGCCGCCUCGCCUCCGGCCUCACCGUUCACCACCGCCGCUGCACCGUCAGUAACACCGUCUCCCGCCGCCGUGCCGCCCGGUGCCGCGCCUUCCACCAACAUGCCGCCGCUCACUACGAGGACCAUCCGUGAACUGGACGUGGGGCGCGCCGACAUGAGGGUUUCUGGGCGCACGAGGGCAGCCGCUAAGGACCAGGGGGGGGGGCGGGCGUCGUCAAUGCCGCCCCUCUCUGCCAGGGCCAAUCGAGAGCUGGGCUUGGGACGAGAGACGCGGGUGCCAGGGAGGUUGAGGGGUCGGCGGGUGCGUUUUCAGGAUGGGGGGGCCGAGCGGUCGACGUCACCUGGCGGGAGCGGCGACGCUCUCGCCCACCGCUUCGGGCUUGUAUCCCUGCAGGACAAGGCAACGCUCCUGUCGACUCUAACCACUCGCAGCAUCGUCGAUGGGGGGAGGAAGGAGAUCCCGAGUUCAGCCGGAGGACGUGAUGGAGCGGAGCCGGGGGGGCGAGAGCGGGGGGGCACGAAAAAAGAAGGACUGCGUGAAGAAGUCCCAUUUGCGUGCGCCACCUUGCUUGCCUCCCGCGAGGACAUUGAUCGCGCGAUGAUGGAUUUAGAUCCCCCGGAAGUGGCACCGGACUUGCCACAGUGCUACGCGAGCGACUUGCGUGUGCCCAAAACGUAUAGGGAGGCUGUGUCCUCUCAACAUGCUGACUUGUGGAUACACUCUGUAGAGAAGGAGUUCAGAGGUCUUAUGGAGGCUGAUUGUGGAGAGACGUAUGCACCGACUGUAGCGGUUUCUAGCGUUCGCUUGUUGGCAGCGAUGGCGUGUGAGCAAAAUCUUUCUCUCCGUCAUUUUGACAUCAAGCAAGCAUUUGUCCAGUCGGAUUUGGAUGAGGAUGUAUUCAUGCGUCUGCCAGAGGGGUGUGGUAGAUUGUCAGGUAUGAUCGUGAAGUUGAACAAGAGUCUGUAUGGCCUUAAGCAGGCAUCAAGGCAGUGGCAUUCACACUUGGCGAGGUGUUUGAUUUGUUUGGGUUUUAUUCAGUGCAUGGCGGAUACGUGUGUGUUUCGGUUGAUUGAGGAGGGAAGAGUGGUAGUGACUCUGGUGGUACAUGUAGAUUUUAUAUUUUCGAUAGGAGAGGAGGAGAGGUGUGACCAGUUUGGCAGGGACCUCAACACCAUGGUACCUGUGAAGAAUCUUGGGGACUUGAGAUGGUACUCUGGAUGUUUGUAUGAGAGAGAUUGGGAUGCAGGGACUUUGAAGAUCUCGCAGCAGACGUACGCUGAAGAGUUGGGGAUGGAGUUUGGGGUAGAGUACGGGAAGGAAAUUCCUCUUCCUGUAGGGUUGAAGCUUUCAGAGUUUGACCAGGAUGAGGAAGUGGUAUCAUGGCCUUUUCGUGGGCUGAUAGGAUCAUUGAUGUGGCUGGCAACGCAAACGAGACCAGAUAUCGCGAAUGCAGUAAGAGCGGUAGAACGGUACUGUGCCUCUCCCAAAGAAAUUCAUUGGAGAGCAGGGCUUGGUAUUUUAGGGUAUGUGGUACGGACAAGUGACUUGGGUAUUACAUUCAGGAGGGGUAGUGUAGCAAGGUUGAGCAUGGAGGUGUUUGCAGACGCAGACUGUGCAAGAAAAGCUGCCGAUAGGAGGUCUGUGUCAGGGGGAUUGGUGAUGUGUGUGGGGGGGUGUAUUUCUUGGUUUUCAAGGACCCAGAAGUGCGUCACGUUGAGCACGACAGAGGCGGAGUAUGCCUCUCUUGCGGAUGUGAUGAAGGAAGUAUUGGUGUUUGGAUUUAUUUUGUGUGUGAUCAAUCAACUGGGUGGGGUGGCAACAUUUUACAUUUUUGCCUAUGGUUUUUCUCAAUGGAUGAUGUUCCAGGCUGGGGGGCAACUACUUCACUGA